AUGACAGGUGAAGAUAAAGUUAAAGAAAAAGCUUCCAGGACUCGCAAAUCAAAAUAUCUCAAACGUUUAACUCCACAAAUGACAUCUCAUGAUGCACCUCCCCAUAUAGCAUCUCAUGAUGCACCUCCACCUAUGACAUCUCAUGAUGCACCUCCUCAUAUGACAUCUCAUGAUGUAUCUCCUCCUGUUGAACCUUCUCAUAAGAAAUUACAUGUUACACUUCCUCCCAAGACAUUGAAUUUUGCAUCUCUUCAUAGUACAUCUCAUGUUGCACCCUCUUCAAGCACAUCUCGUGUUGCACCUCUUUGUAGGACAUCUAUUACUAGGAAAUCUAAUGGCCCACCUCAUACUAUGACAUCUUAUACUAGGACUUUUGAUGGCCCACAUCCUUAUGUUGCACCUCCUACAAGGGAAUCUGCUACUAGAACAUCUAAUAUUCCUUCUUCUCAUGUUGCAUCUACUAAUAGGACAUCUAAUGCCUCACUUCCUCAUGUUGCAUCUGCCACUAGGACAUCUAAUGCCUCACUUCCUCAUGUUGCAUCUGCCACUAGGACAUCUAAUGUUCCACUUCCUCAUGUUGCAUCUGCUACUAGGACAUCUAAUGUUCCACUUCCUCAUGUUGCAUCUGCUACUAGGACACCUAAUGUCCCACUUCCUCAUGCUGCAUCUGCUACUAGGACACCUAAUGUCCCACUUCCUCAUGCUGCAUCUGCUACUAGGACAUCUAAUGUCUCAAUUCCUCAUGCUGGAUCUGCUACUAGGACAUCAA